AUGGCGCUUAAGUCGGAAGGAGACUUCAUAGCUGCUCUAACUGACUUCGUCGAGAAUUACAACAAGUUCUCAAAAGAGAAAUGGACGCUGCAUAAGUCUAAUAAUGGUAUUUUUGCUAAACAAUCCGUCAUGAUCAAAUGGAGAGAGAUCGUAGUGAAUAGACAAGUUCAUAUAACCUAUAGUUCGGUUUAUGGAGUGCCAAGUCUAUGGUUCAACAUAUACAGAAGAGAUGGCAUUCCUCUAACCGCAGACGAAUCCCUGGAGCUCUCGAAACACGUUAACAAUAACGGUUUUCUGAAAAACAUGACACAGAACGAGCAUCCUUAUUUGGGGUUACUUUUCUACAAUAUCCAUCCAUGUCGCACAGAAAAAGUAAUGGAACAAUUGAGUGGUACAGGAAAUUUCAUUGCAAAAUGGCUCUCCGUUUAUGGAGCUCCAAUAGGGGUUGAAGUUCCUCUGGAAAUGUUCAAUCAAUUGCAAUCUGAUUCUUCCAAAACUGACGAAAAGAUAGAAGCAUAG